GGAUCUUUAGCGGUUAACUUGCAGUUGGACGUUUCAAUUUGAUGAAGGGCUUAGUGUAAUCCUGUUAUCGGAACCAGAUUUUGAAUCUUUAAGUUAUUUCAAAUUGCUAGAACUGCUUUUCUACCAGAAGAGCCAUGUAAUAGGAAAACACAUUUGGAUAAUUUUUCAUUACAAUGUGAUUAAAAUCAUGAUUUUGAUAUACUGCUAACUGUCAAAAGUUUUCUUAAGGAAUUAAACGACUCAUCCUGUGAUUGCGGGUGUUAUUUAUUUUUUAUGAUUUGUCAUUUAUUCUAAGCCUACAUAGCUACUCAUUAACAGUUCAGACGUUAGCUUACUGUAGUAAACCUAGGUUACCUAAUACUAUCCCUUGGUUUUCGUCUAUCUCAUCCAUGACAGAUCUUAGUGAUAUUUUGCACCAUAGCCAUUCAUUCGCAAUUAAUAUGGCAUAAUUGCCUAUCAGCAUAAACAGCUACCCAGGGUUAUUACUAUUCAUAGAAGAGGAGCUUUUCUGUGACUAGUUGGAAUACUUAAAGUAUCAGCGAGUCAGAAGAACUAGAGCUAAUUCAAGGGUUCAAUCAUCUAAUGAUGCCGAGUUGUUUUCAAUCAAUGGUAUAUCAUUGUGUAUUUCUUUAUCGUCUUUCGCAAAUUUUAACCAUCUAACGAGAUCAAGUGAUCUAGGAAAGUAGAUUUGUGACCUGUAAAUACAGUAUGUCGACAUCUGGAUGGUGAGUCCUAUCCAACUUUGAUCUGAGGUGCCAAUUUUUGUCUUCUGGCUUCACUUCAAAUGUAUUUGUUAUUUUGAAUGCUCCGACCGGGCAUCUAGGAACAAAGAAGAGUCGCUUAAGUGUCUAAUAAGGACUUACUGGCCACAGGUCAGAUUGCGAUGACUGUCUCCUGAAACUUUGCACAGCCUACGUGUUUCUAGUCUUAACUAAUUUUCGACAGUCAUCGCUAUUAGGUACUUGCCCUCUGUAAGUCAAGCCUGAAUCCACUGAUCAAAUCACAAUCGACUAUUCUUAGUGUGUUCUCACACAAGGCUGCUGCUCCUUUAAGAGUACUUAUCUAGACUUAUCAUUGGUUCGGUUUGCUUCAAGCUUACUUUACACUUCAGCGGUCAACAAAUUCGUCGUCCUAAAACGUUUGAUGUAAGUAAAUUGGUUGCACUUUCUGUUGCACUCAGAUGUCAAGCCGUUUUGUGUUCAAGAUAAGCGACCGAUCCCUCGGAAAGUAUAUGUAAGAAUUGGCUAAGUUUGCAUGAUGCUAUAAAGAUGACGGAUCACAUCUGGUGGUAUGGCGAAACAUCCUGCAUAUAAGCUCUGGGUUUCUUCAGGAUCCUUACAAUUCCUUGAUGUGUACCAGUCAACUCUGGCGAAUCAUACAUUUAGCGAUAUAUAAAGAUUCUUACUUUAGGAAAUUUCCUAAGGUUUACCUGAGGAAAGCUGGUGGUCUCAGAGCGCUACCGAAAUAGGGAUGGCUGGAUUACAUGGUAACUGCCGGAAGCUAUUUCAACUCAUCUGAGCCACGGGUGGCAAAAACGCCUGAUGGAUAAGUGAGACAAUUUGUGAAAUCAGUGGUACGCUAAGCAAUAGCACUCAACGAUGUCGUGAACAAUAAGCGGAGCAUUUCAGUCUCUGUUGUCUUAGAGGCAUCAGGUUGAACGCCUUGUCCUUUUCGGUUCGUGGUCACCGAUCUACUAAUAAAAACGAAGGUUCUCAAGAAACCCCAACUUGCAGAGUAUGUCAGUUCACCAGGUCCAGAUGACCUCUCCGUAGUCUUCUGAAGGAUAGUGGAAAACUAGGUAAGGAACCAAUUGAGUUGUUUGAGAAAGUGAAUGUGUUACAAUUUCUCGGGAUGAGGCAAUCAUCAUCCUCAUCUUUAAAAAGAGCUUACGCCAUCAAUGCAGUAACUAUCGUGGGAUAAGUAUAGUUCUGGUUGGAUCUAAACUAUUGACUUUCGUCAUAAUUUACAGAUAGUUCAAAACCCACAGGACUGUCUCACUAGGCGUGUUGUGGUUUCCGACCAGUCCGCAUAUUUAUUAGUCACAUCUUCACUCUAAUAAAUAUCAAACCACCACUAUACUUAUCACAGACCAGCAAUUGUUGUGUUUCUUGAUAUCGGGGCCUCUUUUGAUUCAUGAGUCAUAAACACAUAAAUAUUGGUACAAAGGGUGACGAUUAUCUGUUGAAGAAGAGUGUGUCUGUGUUUAUUAACGUAUUAACAAGACUCUAUUUGGAAACAUCCCAAGCAGAACGAGAGCAUACAACCACGUCUUUCUAUUGCUUUACCAUAGGAAUGGGUUUAAACAAGGCUCCCCAACAUUACCAUUCAUCACAUUCGUCAUCGUUGACAUUCUGGGAAGAGCUCAGAUACAAACAUUUGUUCCACCUGUUUGUCUGUCAAAAUAAAACCGUUGACGUUUAUUCAUCAACAACCAAUGCUUGUUAAAUAUUUAGUUGGCUUAAUAAUUCCAGCCUAAAUGUUCACAGUCAUUUGGUAAAUCAUGCAUCGAGUUUCGGAUGUUCCGGUCAUUCUGUUUAAUCCAUACUUAACGUGUAAUCUUUGCCAAGGCUAUUUAAUCGAUGCCACGACAAUUGUUGAGUGUCUACACUCUUUCUGCCGCAGCUGUAUCUUGACUUAUCUCAAACUGAACACAACAUGUCCGGUUUGUGCGACACUUUUGCACAAAACCAAACCACAUUGCGCAAUUCGGCCUGAUCGUGCACUACAGUCCAUCGUUUACAAGCUUAUACCGAAUUUAUUUGAAAAGGAAAUGCUAUGUAGAAGAAAAUUUUAUGAGGAUCAUCCUUCAUGUUACACCCGAUCUUUAAGUCCUGAAAAACGUGGUGAUUUAACCCUGAAUACUUAUGUACUCCAAGAAGAAGAUCGUUUAAGCGUUGAACUUCGGUACUGGAAUCAAAACGAACAUAAGAAUAAUGGUUGCUCAAGUAAAACUUCUAGUCAAACAGAUUCAAUUAGCCCGAUACUGCCUGUUAUCCCCCCUACAUUUUUACUCUGUCCACCUGAACUUACAGUGGGACAUAUUGAAAAGCUGAUUCGAAUGAAGUUCAAUCUUAAACCCAGUGAGCAUGAGGUUUCUGUUUUCUUUUCAGUCGACGAUCUUUUUAAUUCUAACUAUACACUAUCAGAUCUUGCCUGCUUGUAUGCGUGGCGUCGCCAACAGCCUUUUAAAUUAUAUUUUACAAUAAAAGAAACAUCGAGGCAUGGAUUUUCUGUGUUUAUGGAAUCGCAACCCCCUUCAACAUCGAGUAACCUAACUCAUAGUAUUCUGGAAAAAUCUAAAAUAUGUCCCCAGAAUAAUAAUUCAUCUUGGUCUGUAAAAUCCAAAUUCAGAAAUUUCCCCACAAAUUGCCUUCGUAAACGACAUGUGAAUAACUCUGAUGAUGAAAUGGAGACUACUCCACUUGAAGUCUCUGCGCCAAACUCACAAAUCUCAUCACAAUCAUCCUGUAAAAUAUCACUUCCAACACAGUUCAUAAAAUCUAUAAGCUUAUCAUCUCCUAUGCUCAAUACUUCAAGUUCUGUUUGUUCUUCGCUAGCCUAAAAUUUAACUUACGUCCUAAUAUUCCAUAACUAGUCAUUCGGAUUUAUACCUCUGAUGUUGCUUUAUACUUUCGACUCUGAUUUUCUGGGUAUAUUAUUGAAAUUUUAUUUAUUCACAUGGUUUUUUUGGUCAUUGCUUUGUAAAGUCUCGUCAAAAUCUGGAAUAAUAUUCCAACUUUUGUCCUAGUUUUGUACUAGGGCUAUUGUAAAUUGUAUAUUUAUCUUUCUUUAUAUCAUUGUUAAGUUCAGGCCCUUUUUCUACUUCAUACCAUAAAAAGAUAAUUAGUUUUCCGGUUUUUAAAACUUGAUACUGUUCUAAAAUAAUUCCUUUAACGUUUCAGAUUCUUUUUCUGGUCUUUUUUACUGUGGUGUUAUACUAUGUGCAUUGUUGAUCCAUUUUCAGUGUGAUACAAAUUGUGCGGUCCAUGUUCUUGGUUUGCUGAAUUUAUAAAGCUAUAUUGAAAUAGAUGUGGUGACCGUCUAUUUAAUGUCUCGUUUAAUAUAAAAAAACGGCAAUUUAGGGUUCCUAGUCAAUUCCUGAGAGAUAUGCAACGUGUAUUUUUAAAAAUAGGUUUCAUUAAAACGAAUAUAACAUUCUUACUCUUACAGUGAAUAGUAACUGUCUUGCAAUUUCUUAAAUUGUUAGUUUUCUUUUAGUUUAUCGUCAAUGACAUAAGCAGUGCUGCAUGUUCCACCUUCUUUGACACCUAUAGUUUGUAAACAUUCAGAAAAGAUUACUUCCUUGUGACUGAAAUACUGAUUAAUUUAAUGCAAUAACAGCAAUUAUCUACGCCGAAUGUGCUGUACUGAAAAGGUGGUUAUUUGACAUUGUAUUUUCAAAUGCUUGACUAAAGAUUUUAAACUCAAAUCCACGUCGCUUAUAGUUUGGAAAUACAGGUGAUAGUAUCACUGUCAUACGAAAUACUUUACUCAGGGCCUCUAUGAAUCUGAAUAGUUGGUUGUAUUAUCCUGAUUACUUACGAUACCUGGUAGUGUUUAAUCUUUCAUAAUUCUUCUGAAACUGUAUUGGUACAUCUAUGGAAUAAGUGCUGCAGAAAGCCUGAAGAAUUAUUGCAUUUAUAAUUUAUGAUAUUCACUAGUACAUCCGUGUAUGGUUUGUUGAAAAUAUUUCGAGUUGGAUAUCUCCGUUGAUCAAUCCAAUCACAAGGAAAAAGAUUACCAGAUGUAGUUGUCAAAAGAUUUUCUUUAAAGUUUGAAAUAUCAAAGAAAUAUUAUAGACUUGAAUAGCUGGUUGGAUAAUUUUAUCUGUAUGUUAUAUGCGCAAAUCAAACAAGAUGUUUGACGAAACAUUAGGACGAGAUAAGUUGAAAGUUAUACCGUAGAUGGAACCGACUAAAGACAAUUAUUGUUUUUUAACUACCGGGAAAUAUACUUGACCUGAAAUGAUCUUUGUUCCUAAUAAAGGUAUUAAUUUCACAGAAAUAAGCGAAAUAAUACACAAAAACAAGUCCUUGUACAAUUCGCUUUCUUUUAAUACGCAAUUUAAAAUGCAGUCACUUUUGUCAUAGCUUAAGUUGACUAACAGCAUCUAACUUCAGCUGGACCGAAUCUAAUUCGUUCAACAGUUUGUUACUAUCAAGACACAAGGUAUGUAAGCGUACAAGUGAGUCAUUCAAGUCUAGAAUGAAAUUAUCCAAAAUGUAGUCCUAGUGAACUCAAUUUUUAUGUAAACUUCAAUAAAUAUAACACCAUACUAGGUAAAUUCUCUUCCAUGUAUGCACUUUAAUUCUCUUAGCAGUUGGACAGGUUUCUAAUAGUAAAUUGGUAUGCGAGCCAGGUUUCUAAUUCAAUCAAUAACAGGUCCAGUGUAAACUCAAGCACAAUUCAUUGUGCUAUAAAUAUGCGCGAUCAUUUAAAAAAACGGGGCUAUGUAAUUGUGUUCCUCCUUUUAGCUUCUCACUGGAAGUUGUUAAUGACUGGUUUCCACAACGCUCUAGAAGGGAUGUCGUGUUACUUUUGGAAUGAAAAGUUUUCCAUCCUAGUACUUAUACGACUUCCGUUGACGCUAUCUUCGAAUUGAGCUCAUACAUACUUUUUACUUGUAAAUUUUUAUAAUUAGUGAAUUAUCAUACAUUUACAGGCAUGGUUUAAAUAAGAGCAUUUUCCAGACAG